CAUCUCUGGGUUGUGGUACGAAGGAUCCUAUCUGGUUUAUAUUGCUUUCUGGUUAUUUGACAUUUAAGGUGUAUUUCAGAACACUGUUUUGAUAUUACAGUAUUUGAAGGUGCAACACGUGUGUGGUUAGUGAAAAUUCCUCUGAUUUAAAAAUGAUUUAAUAUUUGCACACUGAAUAGUUAAUUGAAAUCAUUGAAGAAAUGAAGGUCAAAGUAUUAACAAGAAAUCCUGAUGAAUAUUUGAGGGAAACUAAACGAGACAUACACAAAGUUCCCAGAAAUUAUGACCCUCUACUACAUCCUUUUGAAGCUCCAAGGGAAUAUACAAGAGCACUAAAUGCAGUCAAAUUGGAAAGAGUAUUUGCCAAACCAUUCAUAGGAAAUUUAGAUGGUCAUAGGGAUAGUGUCUCGUGUAUUUGUAAGCAUCCAGCACGGUUAUCUGUUCUUCUUAGCGGUGCUUAUGAUGGAGAACUGAAAAUUUGGGACUUGCCACAAAGAAUAUGUGAGCGAUCCUUUUUGGCUCAUGAUGGCAUCGUUAGAGGUAUAGCCUUUACUGCAAAUGCAGAACAUUUCAUUACUGUUGGUGAUGAUAAAACCAUUAAAACAUGGAAAACAGAAAAACCAUCUUUUGGCGAAGAAGAGGAACCAAUUAAAACUAUCGUUAGUAAAACUAUUAUAACAGGAAUAUCACACCAUAGAAAACGACACUUAUUUGCUACAUGUGGAGAAGUAUGUCAACUUUGGGAAGAAACACGGAAUGAGCCAAUACGCACAUUUAAAUGGGGUGUUGACAGUCUACAUGAUGUCAAGUAUAACCCUGUUCAAUCAAAUUUACUAGCUGCGUGUGCAAGUGAUCGUAGCAUUAUUUUAUAUGAUACAAGAGAGACUGGGCCCUUACGGAAAGUCAUAAUGAAGUUACGUACUAAUAAACUGUCCUGGAAUCCCAUGGAAGCAUUUUCUUUCACUUGCGCAAAUGAAGAUUAUAAUUUAUACACCUUUGAUACGCGAAAACUAAAAACUCCAGUAAACGUACAUAUGGAUCACGUCGGGGCAGUAACAGACGUAGAUUAUGCACCAACUGGCAAAGAAUUUGUGGCUGGAAGUUAUGAUAAAUCAAUUCGCAUUUAUGAAGUUGGUAAGGGUCACUCACGUGAAGUGUAUCACACCAAACGAAUGCAAAGACUAACGAGUGUCGCUUGGUCACUGGAUAACAAAUACAUUAUUAGCGGUAGCGACGAAAUGAAUAUACGUGUUUGGAAGGCGCGGGCUUCAGAAAAAUUGGGUGUGCUCAAACCAAGAGAAAGGAUAGCUUUGAACUACAGUGAAGCUCUAAAAGAAAAGUUUGCCAGUCACCCGCAGGUACGCCGUAUCGCACGUCACAGACAAGUGCCAAAACACAUUUAUAAUGCACAAGCCGAAUUGCGUACAAUUCGUGACAAACAGAAACGGAAGGAGUCUAAUAGACGCGCGCACUCUAAGAAGGGUGCGAUACCAUUUGUAUCUGAACGUGAAAGACAUGUUGUUCGAGAAGACGAAUAAAAUAUUGUAUAAGAAACAUAAAUUUUCUAAUAAACCGGCUAUUGUGUGUAUAAUAACAAUUUUUAACAAAUACAAUUCCACUCGACAAAAGAACAACAUACAAUGGCAUUCGCAUUCGAUGAGUUAUCUUCAAAGUUACACAUGUGAAACUACACCAUAUGUCAAGUCCGUUGUAUUUCUUUAGGUAUUUACAGAAUUAUACAACACCCACUUUUCUAGGUAGCCUCAUAUAUUUCACCGUAGAGGAAUUGUUACAAAAUGGGUUAACCAUAAUAGGAUAAGAAGGUACUUCAUAACACUAACAAUCUACAUUUGUAUACAGAAACUAUGGGUUUCGUAGUAAUUCUCAUAUGAUAGAAUAAAGUGCAGACAGAAUUAUUUGUAAUAAAUAA